AUGACAUUGUCAUCGAAACUUCAAUUAGCAUAUUGUGUUGCUAUUGGAUUAACUGGUCUUAUUGGUAAUACAACAACAAUUAUUGUUUUUUCUCAAAGACGUUUACGUUCAUUACGUUCAUCAUUUUUUCUUAGUUGUCUUGCUAUAACUGAUCUUAUAUUUAUACUUAUACUUGUUAUAGCUUUACUUGAUGAAUUACAUGUACCAGUUAUGACUAUACCUGUUUGUAUGUUAACAAUUUAUUUAAGUCAUAUAGCAUCAUUUUUAUCAUCAAAUUUCACAUUGGCUUAUACAAGUCAUCGUCUUAUAGCUGUUUUUUUUCCAAUCAAAGCAACAGCUUUUUUAAAACAACGUACAAAUCGUGUAUUAGCAUUAACAUUAUUAAUAUUUGCAUGUUUAUUUUAUUCAUUAUCAUUUCCUGUAACAACAACAAAAUUUCGUUCCAAUUCAACAAAUGUUGUUUAUUGUGAAGAAGAUCGAAAUAAACCAUUAUUAUUUCCAUUUCUUGUUUUGGACACAUUAUUUACAUUUAUUAUACCAUUUUCAUGUAUAACAUGUAUGAAUUUAGCUAUUGUUUAUAAACUUCAUUCAAACUUUACAUAUAAAUUAAAAUUACCUAUAUCAAAUGUGCCAACAUCAGUUAAAUGUCCGUCACUAAAAUCAUCAAGUAAUUCAUCGGCACAAUCAGUUUCGGACGCUGUUCCAUUAUCUCAAUUGAGCAAUGGCAAUCUUAGUAAUGCUACUAAUACAAAUGGUAGUCCGAAUAAUAAUAAUAAUAAUAAUAAUAUUUACAGUGAAACAAAUCAUCUUUUACAACAACAAAAUAAUUCUCUUUUAUGUGUUAGGCCGUUAGAGCGACACAAAAGAAGCAGAAGUAAUGUGUCGAUAGCGUCUACUUCAUCGGCAAGACAAAUUCCAUUAUAUCAGAGAAAUACAUCAAUUGGAAUUCGUUCGACUCAAUGCCGAGCAACAGCAUCAGCUAAAACAACGAAAAUGCUUUUAGCUGCAUCAACUGUGUUUCUUGUUUUUAAUUUACCUUAUCAUUUAUCAUUAUUCUGUUUCUUAUUUAUUCAACACCAGCCAACAUGGAUGCUCAAUGCGGUUAAUAUAGCUCGUCUUUGGUUUUUUGCAUCGUUUUGUGUAAAUUUUUUUGUCUAUGUUAUAUGUGGUCAACGUUUUCGUAGUGAAGUUGUCCGUCUAUUUAGUUGUACAUCUCUUCGACGACAUAUUACAUUACGUGCACAAACAAAAAUUCAAGAUCGUCAAGGUAGCAUUUAUUUAGGGCAACGUUUAAUAAGAGUUUCAUCAACACAUCUAUCUCAUUGA